GCUACCUCGACGGCGACCCGUCCCGACUCCCAAGUCCCUCCCAGCCGUCUCUUGAAGUUCGUUCUUCGUAUUAUCCCGAAGCCUCAACCCCAACGUUUCAACGCCAGCGAAUGCAUAUUUUUAAAUCGAUGUAGGGAUUCCCAAUGUAUGUGGUACGCGUCUGCGCUAUCUUAGCUUAGCAGAGACAAAACAGAAUGACAACCGUAAAAACUGGCUUCAAGCUGUACGUAGCGGGUGAAGGGAAAAUUACGGAAAAACCUUCUCGGACGAGGGAGCCCUGUGUGCCGGGCCCAUUGUUUCGAAGAGCUUACUUUCCCAGCCAACUCUGUCCCGCUGUUCUCCAGCUGUCUAGGGGGGACACAGGUACUGGUCCUUCAAGUCGUUCUCAAUGUUCGGCGGAGGCCAUUCUCAACCCGUUCUGAUAUCUGUCAGGUCUUUUCCCGCACAUUGACCGACAUUGAUUGGAUUCUAUUGCAUCUGCCUGGGGUGGUGUUGGCACGUCAAAGCAUUAGACUUCUUUGACAGAUUAUAACUCACCCUUCCCGGGAGGGAGGGGAGGGGAAGGGAGGAGGGGCGGGGGACGAUAUAAAGGAAGAGCCUCCGUCCAUGUACCCGUACCCUAUUACCGGAAUGAGGACUGCCCAUCUCUCGCUGGUCAUUUUCUCUCUCCUAUCCAGCACCUCGGCAACCUUCCAACCUUCUGGAGCACCAUUCAAAUCGCCAGUGGUCGUCGGACAGGGUCUUGUCGCAGAUGUCAUAUUCUCCAAUCUCACAGCUCCGAGAGGCAUUGCCUUCGACUCGCUUGGAAAUCUCCUCGUAGUCGAGCGAGGCUUUGGUGUAACGGCGUUCUCGCCGGCAACAGGAGGUUAUAAUCGCGAUGUCGUUAUUCCGAAUACCGGAUUUACCCAUGGAAUACAAGUCGACGGGAAGAACUUGUACGUCAGUACCGCGGGGAGCGUGAUACUCUACGAUUACGACGCUAGUUCGAAAUCGGUCUCCAGCUUGACAGGAAGGGUAUUGAUUAAUGGGAUUCCACCGGAUGGAGAACUCACAACACACACGUUGCAAAUCGAGUUUGUGAACGGAUCUGCGGUCGGUUUACUUGUAGGAAGUGGGCCUCUAACGAACAUUGACGAGACAGCAAGAGACCCCUCGUCUGGACGCUCUCAAGUUCGUCGAUUCCCCCUCUUGUCGCCUGUGAGUCCAGCAACGCCGUUGCCGUGGUCAUCUGGACGGGUUAUUGCGUAUGGAAUUCGUAACCCUGCUGGAUUCGCGUUUUCACCGGCGUCUGCUGUCACUCAGGGAUUAUAUAUUGUCGAGAAUGGAGCUUCUAUCGAUAACGUUACUGGAUUGACACCGGCAUUUGUUAACGAUAACCCUGCAGACGAGCUCGAAAUUCUUGCACCGGGAGUGUCCUCUUCAGCUUUACCGAAGUUUUUUGGUUUCCCAGAUUGCUCUACUUUAUGGAACCCACAAGCUGAUCCAUCGGGAGUUCCACAAUAUGUGGGAGAUCACCGAGGAGACCAGUUUAGUCUACACUUGGACCCAGUACGGGAUGAUCAGUGGUGUAGGCAAAAGAACAAUAACGCCCCACCGAAGUUGAGCUUCCAGGCUCAUUCCGUUCCGUUGGAUAUCAAGUUUUAUCUCGGUCCCCAACCCACCCAGGCGAGUCAGAAGAAGCCGCUCCCCACGGCGUUUGUUGGAGAUUCGUUUGUGUCGUUCCAUGGAUCGUUCGAUAGAAAUCCACCGACUGGGUAUGGGGUUGUUCGGUGAGUGAUAAUAAAUAGAUGUCGUCGUUUCCAUUCGUUGUUUGUGUUGAAAGCGUCCCCAGCAUUCCCAGAGUACCCUCAACGUCGUCGGCACUUGGUUAUGAAUUCAUUGUACAAGCCAAGAAUCUACUUUCCUGUCCAGGGACAUGCAUUCGUCCCGUCGGUUUGGCUUUUAGAACAGAUGGAAGAUUGUUCGUGAGCAGUGAUAGUAGCGGGGAGCUAUUUGUCCUAUCGGGAGCAUGAAGAUUUAAGAUGGGAGGUAGCCUAAGUAUUUCGCCAUCGCUUGAUCAGGGUCAUUGUAGUUCGAAAUAUUUCCGGUCAAUCUCACCUUUUCUAAAAUUGGUCAA